AUGGUAGGCAAUGGUGGUGGUGACAGCGGUGGUGAUUGGUUGAUUACAGUGGUGGGGAGUGUUGCUAGACCAAGUUUUAAUAGAUUUUUCAUCCAAGACUGCAGAACUGAAGUUGCUGCAAACAAAAUCUUUUCAGAUCACAAGGAUGACGAUGAAGCAUGGAAUGAGAAAGAUUCGAAUGAAGAUGAUGAGCUGAGUAGUCUUGAUGAAAAUGAUGUGUGCUAUAAGAAAGGUAGAUUUCAGUACCUGGGUAAGAGUGGGCAUAACUUGAAAUCUGCCAGAGAGGCUAAAUCACUCUCACUACACACUCAGCAAAAGAGAAGUAGAACCUUUUUUGAAGAAGAGAACGAAGAAUCAUCUGCAGAGUACUCGAAAAAUGAUAGCGAUGAGGAUUUCAUAAGUAAAAGAGGGAAUGAUGCACCGGUUCACAUAAAGAAUGCUAAUUGGUCUGCUCCUGUUAAUCUUUCUGUGCUACGUAAGCGGGUCGGGUCCGUUUAUUCCAUGCAUUAUGAUCAAGCUGCAGCAUUUGUGCGUAGGGAUCUUGACAUGGGCAAAUUUGAAGCCUGGAAAAGAAGAAAACCAGCUGAAGCUGAUGCCUCUCAUGUUCAGUAUCCAUAUCAAAGAAUUUCAAGUAAUGGCACAGGAAUACCUGAUCUGAAUUCUUCUGGGAUUCUUGGACCACCACCAUCUGACAGUAGACGCAUAAGUAACGACAGGCUUUAUAAGAUAGAGAAUCCCAGAGGUUAUUAUUCUGUGGCUUUGGCUGCUCUGGGGAUUGUUAUUCUCUUAAAGUUUUUUGCCCAUGAGAAUACAAGCUUUGUAGAAUCCUUUUACAAAGUUCAGUCAAGACAAAGUCUUUUAGUUUCUGCAUCGCGACAAGCCGACAACCAGCGGAUGCAUCGAUAUUCUGAAGAUCCUUCAAUGUUGGGAGGUGACAUAAAGAGAAGAGCUUUCGGGGAAGUCGCUGUUUCUUCUGAUUCCACAAAGGGAUUUUGCUGCAUUAGGAUUUUGAAUAGAAGGAACCAUCUAUUUGUUCCAGGACCCGUCAAUAUCCCGGAUCAAGUCAUUCGUGCAAUGAACCGAAAUAAUGAGGAUUACCGUUCUCCGGCUGUUCCCGCACUUACAAAAACCCUUCUUGAGGAUGUGAAGAAGAUUUUUAAGACUGCUUCCGGAACUCCUUUUCUCAUUCCUACCACAGAUCAACAGCAGCGCCUUAACUUCAAUGUUGACGUCAUUGAAAGUGAAUGGGGUCAAGGUGCGAAUCUUGAUGUUUUGGCAUCGAAAAUUGCUGCAGAUAAAGCUCAUACAAUUAAGUCCAUUUGCAUCGUGCACAAUGAGACGGCAACUGGGGUAACCAAUGACUUGGCUGCCGUAAGAAAGAUAUUAGAUCACCAUCAGCAUCCGGCGCUCUUUCUUGUUGAUGGUGUUUCAUCCAUCUGUGCACUUGAUUUCCGCAUGGAUGAAUGGGGAAUAGACGUGGCUCUCACCGGUUCGCAGAAAGCUCUUUCUCUUCCUACAGGGAUGGGAAUUUUCUAUAAGUUGGGAACAUAUUGGCCAUACACCCCUUCCAUCCAACUUCUAUAUGGCCUAAGAGCAGGUUUGGACCUCAUUUUUGAGGAAGGACUCGACAAUGUAAUUGCAAGGCAUGGUCGCCUUGCCAAAGCAACAAGGCUGGCAGUGGAUGCAUGGGGCUUGAAGAACUGCACCCAAAAGGAGGAAUGGUUCAGUGACACAGUAACUGCUGUGGUCGUUCCACCGUAUAUUGACAGCUCGGAAAUUGUUAGAAGAGCGUGGAAACGAUACAAUUUAGGCUUAGGUUUGGGCCUCAACAAGGUUGCUGGAAAGGUUUUUAGAAUUGGACAUCUUGGAAACCUUAAUGAGUUGCAACUGUUGGGGUGUCUUGCUGGAGUGGAAAUGGUGCUCAAGGAUGUGGGGUACCCAGUGAAACUUGGUAGUGGAGUUGCAGCUGCUUCUGCCUAUUUACAGAACACCAUUCCCUUGAUUCCUUCAAGGAUUUGA